AUGGAUAAGGAGAUUACACGAUAUACAUUAAAAAGUUACCUUGAAGAUCAUAUCAACACUACUCCGUAUGAACAAAAAGCUGCUACAAUAGGAAAAGUAAAAAAACUAAUUUCUAAAGAUUUCAAAAAGUUUGUAUUCGAUAUUGUCAAUGAAAUACAUCGGCGCACAAAUUUAGACUAUAAAAAACCUGGUAAUCAUAGAAUGCGUAAAAGAUUACUGCAAAUGAAAGAAGAAACAUUUAAAAAUCUUGUAUUUGAUACAUUAGAAGUUUUCAAUGAGCGCUAUAAAAACAAUAUAAAUAGUUUAGAUGAUGAUAUAGAAAACAUUAGUAAGCUUGUUUCUGCAUUGAAGACUGAAGAAAAUAUUAAUGAAAAAAUUUUUAACGAAACUAAUAUAACUUUAAAAUAUAAAUAUUUUUUAGAAUAUAUUAACCAGAAAUACAACACUAAAAAGGAUAAGAUAUUUGAAUAUAUGUCAGAUUUUACAAAUAAAACUAUGGAAGAAGAGAUAGAUGAUUCUUGUGAUAUAAUGUUUAAUUAUAAAAUUUUUAUAGAAAAGCUUAAUCGAUCGAAAUAUGCACAACUAGAAAAGUACAAAGUUUACUCAAAUAAUAUUAGUCGAUUAGAAAAUAUGGAAUUAGAUAAAUUUAACAGGAAAGAACUGAUUGGCGGAGAAUUUCUAAAUAUUCUAAAGCUAAUAAUUGAUAACCAGUAUUGUUAUGAAGAAUCAAUAAUCAAUAGAAAUGUUAAUCAUUUAAUAAACACAAUACAAAAAAUAGAUUAUUUGGAUAAAAGUAGUUUUAAAAGAUUAAUAAGCACGGAAAUUAAAAAAGAAGAUUCGAUAGACAUUAAAGAGACGGUUAUUAACAUAUUAGAAAAUUGUAAAGAAAUGUCAUUUGUAAACACAGAAUAUAUAGCAAAGCUUUUAAGUGUUAAAUCAAAAAAACUAUUAACAUAUGAAGAUAUAUUAAAUAUUGUCAAUCUUAUAAGAAAUAUUUUAGAAGAUAUUAAAAAUGACAAGAAAUGUAGUAAAAGUAGUUAA